UUUAUCUGAAUACGGGUAGGGUUAAAAGCUCAGCGGCGGAGUGGGAGCCGGCGGUCAUGUCUGGCGGAAUAAACUACAGGGAUGAGGAUAAAGCUGAGCGACAGCCAUUUGACAUACUGUAGAGUUGGGUUUAAAUCGCCGGGGUAGAAGAAAAGGACUGGACGAGAAGCUGCCCUUGACUUUAUUUUAUGGCCAGCUUUUAAGUUUCCUGAAGUUCUGCUGCUAUAAACAAAUCAGGAAUCACCUCUUAUCACGUGAAGUGAUACACAAUGGAAAGAGUUCAGCGUGACCGAAUUUGCAUGAAUCACUAGCUUUUGAUUACAAGACAAGCCCCUUUGGACAUCGGAGGCUAUUUCUGGUGAAAUGAGAAGCUGAGACGACGUAGUUGGUGAAGAGGACACAGUUAUAGACCUGUUUCCUUAGACACGAAGACUCUCGUUUUAGACAGAACAUGGUCUGGAGACCUACACCCUGAACGGCGUUAGAUCGGUUGCCUUUUUGACUUCUUUCUCCCUUUUUAAAGAACUUUUUGGAAAUUAUUGAACCAGGUUGCAGGAAUGGGUCUGUUCGUGUCUCCUUUUGAUAACUUGCUAUGCAUGUUGCUGGGCAUCUCCUUGACCGUGUGGUUCACACUACUGCUGGUGUUCAUUAUCGUGCCGGCUAUAUUCGGCGUGUCCUUCGGCAUCCGGCGACUCUACAUGAACACCCUGCUCAAGGUCUUUGAGUGGGCCACAACGCGGAUCGAGAGAGGAGCCAAGGAGAAAAACCAUCUUGUGUAUAAACACUAUACGAACGGCAUAAUAGCCAAAGAGCCCACUUCUCUGGAGGAGGAGCUUAAAGAAAUCCGCCGUGUUGGCAGUAGCCGGGACUUGAAUGGCUCCUCCUCCUCCCCCACAGGCCCCUCCCCUUCUUCCUCAGAGUUUUCAGUGUCGGACAUCUUCUAUUUCUGCCGCCGUGGCGUCGAGAGCAUCGUGGAUGACGAAGUGACCAAACGCUUCACAGCCGAGGAGCUUGAGUCCUGGAACUUGCUUACACGCAGCAACUACAACUUCAGACACAUCAGCACACGGCUCACAGCGCUCUGGGGGAUAGGGCUGAUCAUCCGCUACUGCAUCCUGCUGCCUCUCAGGUUGACACUCGCCAUCACAGGUGUGACUCUUUUGGUCGUCCUCACCACCAUCGUCGGAUUUCUGCCCAAUGGGAGGAUGAAGAAUGUUCUCAGUGAAAAAGUGCAUUUGAUGUGUUACCGAGUUUGCGUGAGAGCGCUUACAGCAAUCAUCACUUACCAUCACAGUGAGAAUAAGCCUAAGAACGGAGGAAUCUGUGUUGCCAACCAUACGUCACCCAUUGAUGUCCUCAUACUAGCCAGUGACAGCUGUUAUGCAAUGGUGGGACAGAUCCAUGGAGGCUUGAUGGGAGUCAUUCAGAGGUCUAUGGUGAAGGCUUGUCCACACAUCUGGUUUGAACGCUCUGAAGUCAAAGACCGCCAUCUAGUGGCCAAAAGGUUGAGCGAUCAUGUCGAGGACAAAAGCAAACUCCCAAUCCUCAUCUUUCCCGAAGGUACCUGCAUCAACAACACGUCCGUGAUGAUGUUUAAGAAGGGAAGCUUUGAAAUCGCUUCAACAAUCUACCCAGUGGCCAUCAAGUAUGACCCUCGCUUCGGGGACGCCUUCUGGAACAGCAGCAAGUUCGGCAUGGUGAAUUAUCUCCUCCACAUGAUGAGCAGCUGGGCCAUCGUCUGCAGCGUGUGGUACCUCCCCCCCAUGAGCCGACAGGAAGACGAGGACGCCGUGCAGUUCGCAAACCGAGUUAAAGCAGCUAUCGCCAGACAGGGUGGCCUGGUGGACCUGCUAUGGGAUGGUGGCUUAAAGCGCAGCAAAGUGAAAGACACCUUUAAAGAAGAGCAACAGAAACUGUACAGCAAGAUUUUGGUGGGAGCUCACGAAGACCGCAGUCGCUCCUGAGGAAUGAAGGAUGACUGAGGUGACGGGACAGGAAAGAAAUUGAAUCUUUAAAAAAAAACACAACCCAACCCAUCAGGAUUGCGUUGUGAGCCACGUCUUACAUGUGUUCUGGGAGAAGGGAUUUGAUUUUCACCAGUCAGUUCCUUCACUUAUUAUGUUUGAGUCACCAAACAAAACAAGAUGUUGCGGCGUAAUUUAAUAAUGUGGCCACUCUGUAAAGUCUCUAAGCACACUUUCUCUAAGGUAAACGGGUUGCUAUCAUACACUUAAAAACAACGGUGUAGCAGCAGGACAUUGUUUUUUUUUUCUGUAUUUUUUUUUUUUUUUUAGCUUUGUUAAUCCAUUUUUUAUCACAUUCAAGUCCUAUUUAUAUUAUUAUUAUAAUACUUCGUUUGUUACUGUAAGGUUUUUUUUUUUUUUUUACUUUAUCUCUGCUGUGUGAAUAUAUGGGUCCUGUAGAUGUUUUACAGUAAAGAAGACAUCAACUCAAAUAGGCCCUAAUGCAAAUUAGUAAGUACGUUAUAAUAAGCUACUGAAUUCUCAAUUCUGAUUGGUCAAAAGGCGUUUUUCUACAAAAGCAGUUCUGAUAGUAGUUCCGGCUACAAAGGAAAUCACAGGUGUAUAUUAAUGGGUUUGUUUUAAUACGUCAUCGUUUCUAUAGUAACGACUCGUUCACAGGGACUUGUAUGACGCACCACUCUACAUAAGAAACAAACAAGAAAGAUUCUUCGUUGUUGUUUAACAGUUGCUAUGGUGACAUUUUCAUUUUCUGCAAGAGGAGGUGUAUAUUUAAUUAUUUUAUUCAUGGAAGGAGUCGGUAGUAACAGCAAGUAUGUUUUCCACCAUGGGAAAGUCUUCAGGGCUUUGAGGUUUCACGGUAACAUGACAAGCCGUGUGUUUUGGCUUAUUAAAUACAAGGGAAAGAAAGGGAAUCACAGUUUAUAGCUGAUGUAUUCCAUGUAAGAGUCCUUGGGAUAGAGCCUAAAAGAAACAGUUGGUUGAAGACCUUGUUUACUUGUUCGUACAUGCAAACUGCGUCUGUUCCACAGGUAGAGCAUCAAAAACUGAGUCGCUUUUCAGAAUUGCAAGCAUACAAGUGUUCAGCAUUUUCUGGUUACGCCGCACCUCAUAAUGUCAUUCGUAAUGCUUUAAAGGUGCAAUUAGGUUUGGUGCUCACUGUAGGAAUAUUGCCAACGUACUGCAAGAAUGUAAACAUGUAUGACAAGAUUAUGUUCAGUUCAGAAAUUUCAUAAAACAUCUGAGCAAAAAAAAUGCACAUGCACAUUUGUCCCAGUCCCAGUCGUCGUCCCCCCCCCCCUCCAAAAAAAAAAAUCCAUCAUUUUGUAAGGAAAACAAACAUUUUCCAACCUAAUCUCUAUCUAUUGCAUCUGUAGCAUAUGAGUACUUAUGUAGCAUAUGAGGACAAGGAUUUCUACACAUCAGCUGUAAAUUUUGAAUGAAAGUUACUCGUUUUCAGAGUUGGAUUAUGCAGAUGCUGAAGUGGAUUUUUUGUGAGCCUCAUACAUAUUACACAAAUCAAAUCGGUGUGUAGUUUACGCCUCCAAGGUUGCCAGAUUUUUCUUGAGUGUAAGUGUUUGCGAUGGGGAUUUUCCAUAGCAUCUAGACCACCUCUUUUAAACAUGGGAACUUGUCCAUCGAACAAUCCAUUUUCUGUACCGCUUAUCCUACACAGGAUCGCUGGGAGCCUGAAGCCUAUCCCAGGGAACUCGGGGCACAGAGCGGAGGACACCCUGGACAGGGUGCCAACCCAUCACAGGGCACACACACUCACGCAUCCAUUCACACACUAUGGACAAUUUGGAGAUGCCAAUCAGAUUACACCGCAUGUCUUUGGACUGAGGGAGGAAACCGGAGUACCCGGAGCAUGGGGCGAGCAUGGAAACUCCAUGAACACAGGGUGGAAUCGAACCCCCAACCCUGGAGGUGUGAGGCAAACGUAUGAGCACUUGUCUUUAAGACUAAAAAAAAAAAAAUCAGGCAUAGAAAAUGUGGACUGAAGAAGGAAGUAGUGUUUUUUUUUUUUUUUUUUUUUUGCUUUGUUGUCAAAUAAAACAUAAAAAUAAGAGACCAUUUUAAAAUGAAAAAUAAAAAUUAAACAACUAAUAGGAGACUAGUAUAUUGCUAAUAUACAGUAUUCCUACAUGAAUAGACCUAACAGUAAUGAUCACAUUAAUCACUGCAAAUUUAGUAUAACUGAACAAAGUUAUUAAGUUUAUAAAAUAGCCCUUGAUCCAGCGCGUUAUUUUUUGCACUUUAUAUUAUUCUCUCUUUUUUUUUUUUUUUAAAUAAUAUUGUGCACUGACACCUGAACUGUAAUAGCACUUGAACCUGAGUUUUAAAUACCAACAUGCACAUUUUUGGCAUUAAAUUCUCACUACGUGUGUGUAACACAAAUCUGAAUACGACCCUAACUCUUUCCUUUUUUCAGGAAGGGGAAUUUGUAGCUCACACUAGUUUUGUAGUGUAGCUCAAACUGAAACAUAAAAGUGUCUUAAUUACUUCCUGAUGGCACAGGAAUACUAGAAACUUAGAGAAAGAAUACUAGAGAAAGUAUAAUGCUGCGUUCAUGGUGUCUUGUAAACGGUCAUUUACAAGCUGUAAUAACGUCAUUUCCCACCUCCACGAAAGCAUGUCUGGUAGUUGAGAAGACAACCCCAAGUUGGAAUUACAAGUUGAGAGGGUGUUGCCUUUAACUUCGCCUCAAACGCAGCAUAAGUCCCUGGAUUUACUUAUUACUGUAGUCCUCUAGUGUUUAAAAUAGGAUUUUGUCUCGUUGUAAUAUUUCGGCGAUAAUAAACAGGUUUUCUGAAAUGUCAGAAUUCUUCUCUGUGGUAAUUACACAUACACUACAGAUGCAAUGGUUAGAUAUUUGAUUGAAAAUGGCUGAAGUUUCAUGUAAUGCUAUGGACAGCCCCGUUCAAUAAAGGGCUUGGCAGCAAGUUCAAAGAGGCUCUCUCAAAUUCAGGAAAUGCAAUGCAAUUUCCGACGUCACGCUCUAGAUUCACCAAGAACUAAGAAUGGUCAGUGUUCUGAGCACUGCAUAUGAGUGUGGUUUGUGCAUAUGUGUUAAAACCAGCCCUUAUGCUCUGAUGAUGUCCUCUGAGAUGGCAUGGACUCGCACAUGUUGGGACUUCAGCUAAAGGGUCCAGAUAUUAUUUUACAUCUACUUACAGCUAGCUUAGAGCUAAACCGUGGCAAAUGUUCCCAUACUGGUUCAGUCCUGUUGAACCGUUUGUUUGUUUGUUUGUUUGUUUGCUGAUAUGGACUUCUGAUCUGAAUGAAGUCUCAACAACAUGAACCAGUGUAGAGUUCAGCUUUAUGAAGAGGGCAGAAUGAAGCUCUCAGUGAAGCACCACGUGGAGAGAUCUAAUGAUCCUUUGAGAUGGGCUGAUUUUAAGAAUAUUUGUGCACAUCGAAAUUUAUGCAUACUCCUAAAAAUAGCUUGCACGCUUUGAACCUUGGGAAUUAAGUCGGAAGCUAAAUGCAGGAACGAAAUUUUGGACGCACUAGUCGUCUGGCUGUUGGAAUUGAGCUAGCGUAUGUUGACUUUGACCUCUCGGACAUUGCGGGUGAGUGGAUAUUUGGCUUGAGUGCAUUAUUUGCAUCAGUGCUGCCAGUGACUUGACUGCUGCCAAGCGAAAUCCUUCUCUCAUCAAGUCAGCUCUUAAAUCUCUACCACCCUGUCCUCCUAACCUGAAAACAACCGUGCUUCUGUCAUGUCUAUGGAUGAAAUUAGUCAAUAAAAAAAUGACAAAGUGUACUCGAGUUUGUCAUGUGUAUAAUGUCAAAACUGCAACGCUGUUAAAUUCUUGAUUGGGAUUAUUCAGAAGGUGAUUAUUUCUUUCUGUAACUGCAGCUCUGACAGUAUUCCUAUCUGCAAGGUUCAUAAUAAUGUAACAGAUCAUUCACAGGGACAUGUAUGGCAGCUGUUCCAUAUAAAAUGAUUGUAAUAAAAAAACAAACAAACAAAAAAAAGUCUAAUUGUUGAUACGAUUAAGUUUUCUGUGUGGAGAUGCUUCUUUAUUGCUUUUAUUACUAGUGAAUACUUGUAUUUAUGCCUUAUAUUGUAUGUCUUUAGUAGCAUUGUAAAAAUGUAUAUAGUCCAUUUAACGUCUGCAUUUUCUUCUUCCUAGCAGAAGAGAAUAUUGUAAUAUUAAAACGUCCUCUAGAAUGAUUAUUAUUUCAUUAUACUGGAUGUUAUGAGGGUUUUAAAUAAUAUAUAUCACUGCAGCGGAGGGGUAGGUAUUGUAGAAAUUUACAGUGCAGAAUUGAUGUGUUUGUUCUUUAAAGAAAUAUGCAAACCUGAUCUAUUUUGAAUCCGUAAUUCGUAUGCUAAGGGAAGCUGCACGCAUAGAAGCGACUUGUUUUGUCACUUUUUGAAUACCGUAGUUACAUACUUUUGCAAAUAUGAUAAAGCUGGUACGUCCUACAGAUAAACUGUAAUGAAAGUAGUACAAACAAAAAUGUUUAAAUGAACGAA